GUAAGCAUUUCACGGUAAGGUGUACUACACCUGUUGUAUUUGCCGCAUGUGACAAAUACAAUUUGAUUUGAUUUGCGGUGGAGAAAGCAGGCAGGGACGGAAUGAAUGACAUUGCCUUUCUAAACAAAGACGGGGACAGUUUGCCCACUGAGCCCAGAAAGCAGAGCCCAGUGGUAUCUGGUGCCACCAUGUUAUGCGGUUAUCUGGACAAAAUGAGCGGGCCACUGAAGGUCUGGAGGUCCCUCUGGUUCAUAUACAAGGAGAAUGAGUGUCAGCUGGUCUACUACAAGUGUGCCCAGGACGUGAAUCCACUGGGAUGGAUUGACCUGUCCAACGCCAUACUUGGAGACCUACCGCAGGCAGACCAGGGGACCUUCUACAUUCAAACGCCCGAGCGCACCUUAACCCUCAAGGCUGUGAAUUGCGAGUCUAUGAUAUACUGGCUGAAGCAGCUCCAGUUGAAGAGGUGGCAUCAUCGGAACAUUUCUGGAAAGCUGGGAAAGGUCACCAGUCACCACGCACUACGACAAUACACCACACUGAGUGACGUCCUUCUCAGACAUCCUCGGACAUGAAUUCAGUCAGUAUACACAAAUAUUAACCAUUUUCAUACAUCUGCAAACACACACACACACACUAAACAGAAUUGGUGUUUGUUCACUCUAUAAAUUCACAUAGCUUUUUAGAUUGUGAGGAAAUAUCUCAAUUUAGUAUUUUAUUAAGAUCCCCAUUAGCUGUUGCUAAUGCAGCAGUUACUCUUCUUGGGAUCCACACAAAACGUAAAACAUUACAUAAUAAAGAACAUUAAUAGACAAGAACAUCAUUAAAGGACAGACCUACAUAAAAGUAAUGAUAUCUAUAAUAAUAAUAAUAAUAUAAUAUGCCAUUUAGCAGACACUUAUAUCUACCCAUUGAUUCUUGAAGAAAAUCAUUUAGAAAUACCUCAUGAGCAAAGUACAACUGUCUUACCCCAUCAUAACCCCAAAUAUAAACUUGUGUUACUGUCAUUUGAGUCUUUGUACACAAAUGUACAGACUAAAAGAGUUGGUGUGUGCUUAUUUACUGUAUGUUUAUGUCCGUCUGUGGUUGUAGUAGGGAAAACGUACACCGGAGCCGCUCCUCCCAGGAGCUCAGCCACGGCCUCAACUGGGAGGAACUCUGGGACCCGUUCCUGCCACUCAAAGAUAUCCAGGCCCCUCCAUAUUUUGACCAGGACAAAUCCCCUCCAAAAAUAAAUAUUGAGUCCUCUGGGCCAGCAAGACAGUGUGUCCAGGAGGUAGAGGCACCAAAGGAACACCAGAGCUCCCUAAGCAGUGAGGGCUCCCCUUCUACCCCCACAGACAAGACUACUAGUCCACAGCAGGAAGAGCCUGCAGACACUGCCCAUCUUCAACAGGAAGUGCUCAGUCUGGCAGACCAGGUCAAGGCCCAGAAGGAUCUAGUAACUCUGUUGCAGAAGGCCCUGGAGGUGGCCCAGCAGGAAAAAUUGACUCCUGCAGUAGAGUCCCUGAGGUCGGAGGGCGAAGGGAAGAGUUCCCACUCACAACCAUGGAAUCAUGGCAAGUGCAACACAGAUCAUUCGUAUGGCCUGCAGGUGAUACCACUGCUGCGGCACGACUGUGUGGCCGAGUCUCAGGAUCACAUCCGGCUACUGGCUGAGAGAAACCAGGCUGAGAGAGAGUUGGUCCUCCGUCUGUCCCAACAGGUGGCUGAGUGUUUGGCAGACCCCCAGCGAAGCCCCGUCCACGGUUGGACCGUCACUGAAACGCAGGAGCAGCUGAGACAGGAGAUUAGGAAUCUUAAGGACGACAUUGAGACCUACAAGACUCAGAAUACUUACUUGAAUGCAGAGAUCUACCAGCUAACCAAAGUAUGGAGGCAGAGUUCAGAACAAGAGAAGUGCUUGAUGAUAAAGGAGACUGACGACCAUUGCAUUCAGCGACAUGAACCCGUUUCCUUUCAGACAGCUCCGUCAGAGAUGGGCCCUGCACCUUCAGUGUGUGCAUGUACAGUUGAGUGAGUUAGAGCGUAUCCAGAGGGAGCUGGGUAGAGAGCGACCCCAGCACAAGGACAGGGAGCUGGGGCUCGUUGCCAGCGAGGACGAGGGGGGCACAUGAGCUCUGGAUAAAAGGCUCUGGCCGGAUUCCAAUCAGAACUUUUGCCUCCUGUUACUCACUUAUCCCAGUAGAUAUUGACGGUUUUGUAAUUUCUUGUUUGAAGUUUUCAAUGUUCAUGUUCUAUUGUCACGUGCAUAAGUACAGUGAAAUGCCUUUCUUGCAAGCUCUUUCCCAACAAUGCAGUAAUCAAUAUCAGUAGUAUUAUAAACAUUUAGAGUAAAAACAGACGAGAACUAGAAAUAAGAACACGAGAAAGUAAGUAAGCUAUAAACAGGGUCAGUGCCAAUACCAUAUUU